AUGGCAACUCCAAAAUCACCCACACUAGGUCGUCCACUGUCUUUCCCUCAUCCACAUUCAGACAUACCGGAAUCGACGAAUGUCUUCUCUGAUCAACCGACAAAUCGACAAAGUGAUAAUGGUCAAUUCACAUCGGUACCUCUAAAUGAUGAGACUAGUUCACAUAUGAAUACCGAAUAUAACCAUUCAUCAGCCAACAUACUUGGUGGAACGGAUACGUCUCAAGCAGUCAAUAAUGAGGAAAAUGAGAUAUCCCCUUCCGCUCCUUCCGCAGUUACACCUGAGUACACCAACACACAAAAUAAUCCACCACCAAAGGCAAAGUAUCUACCUCAGGUAGAUACACACGGACUUCCAGAGAAGAAUAAUCCUCCAGCAGAGGCUUUCAAUGGGGAGAACGAAGCUUCUUCAUCUGAGACUAUACGUGAUGGAUCAUCAUCAUCGUCUCACCGGACAGAUCAGAGUGAUCUUCAUGAUCCAUCAGAAAAGAGAUUAGCCAAGGCUGGUGUACUGGCAGGAUCCGCUGCUGGAGCUGGAAAUGCUGCAAGACACGUUCUUGUCACAAGAGAUGGAACUUACGAAGAAGGUGGAAGAGAACCUAGAGGAUGGAAAAGAGUUGAGGUUCCUGAUAAAUGGGGAAUCGCUUCGAAAAACAUAAAGGAAGCCAGAUGGUCAGCUUUCAAAAAAGCUCUUGUGCUGUUUGGAUUCAUCACUUUAUGGUUAUGGGCCUGUCUUUCGAUUUUCUGGGGAUCGACAUAUCGACUAACAUCAUUUUUACCAUCUUUGACUGUUCACGUGAUACCGUUCGAUACUCCUUCUUCGACAUCAUAUCUGAAUCAACCGAUGAUACAACAAUUCGAAUAUGUGGCCAAUGAACCUUCCUCUGUCGUUCAUCUAGGAUAUCAAAUUAAGGAUCCCGCAAAUUAUCCAAAUGGUCUGGAUGAUGUGAGGAGAAGCGUUAUAGCACAAGAGUGUUGGGCAGCAAUAGUGAUCAACGCAAACGCUAGUUCAGCUUGGACGAAUGCACUAAAUAAUGGUGACGCAAGUUACGAUCCUUCAGGUGCUAUUGGAAUCUAUUAUUCAAGUGCCAGGUUCUAUCAAGUCGUUCUGCUCUACUUUGACGCAUUGAUAAGUCGAGAUAUCGCAAAUCCAUUGGCAACAGCUCGAUCACAAGCACUAAGUGCUUUUAUGAGUAGUUCAACAACCAAUACCGCUUUAUUGACCAAUGCAGCACGAGUUCCUCAAGCUAUUGGAGUAGGUUUUGGAUAUACUAUUUUCGAUGUUAGACCUAUACAGAAUUACGCUUGGGCAGGCGCUGCUCCAAUGGAAGCUAGUUUGAUCUACUUUAUCAUCUUCGCAUUCUACUUGUGUAUGUACGGUGGUAUAUCAAGAAUGAAGUCUGGAUUAGGUACAAGGUUGAGAAUGUCAUCCAUGUUAGGUAUUAGAUUAGGAUGGCCUCUCUUGGCGUAUUUCUUCAUCUCACUUUGGCAAACAUUGAUUGUCAGAGCUUGGCAAGUACCUUUGACCGAUCAUCUAGGUAGAGCCGGAUUCGUUACUUUAUGGGCAUUAAACUACGUUACAAUCAUAGCAAGUGGUUUAGCAAUGGAGACGAUGUUAGCGAUAAUAGGUAUCAGCUGGUUACCGUUCUUCUUGAUCUUAUGGAUUAUCUGUGCGUAUCCAUUAUCUAAGCGAAACCACGACAAUGCUCAUCAGUUGUCCUCCGUGUGCUCUCCAUCGACAGUGAACAUCACUUCGUCGUUUUAUCCAAUCGAAAUGAUGCCAAACUUUUACAGAUUCCUGAGAUGGAUGCCUUUCGUUCACAAUGUUGAAGGAUAUAAAAUCAUCGCAUUCGGAACCAACCUUCAACAUCGAUUAGGAUUACAUUUUGGGGUAAUCUUCGCUGUGAUCGGAGUAGAGUUGAUUUGUUUCCCCCUUGCACUGAUAUUCGAGAGAUGGUCAAUGGACCGGAGUAAAAUGAGAGAAAUCGAAUCGAAAAAGAAGGAAGAAAAGGAGAAGGGUCAUCGUGAACCAGAUGGAGAAGCGUAA